UCAAAUUCUGUCAUUAUUCUUCUGACAUCUUAACGAAGCAGACACAUCAAUCCAAGAUGAACGCGAUAAAGUCGUUGCUAACUUUGGUAAUAUUCAUAGCUGUCCUUGAAAUAGGCAACUGCGCUGAUGAUGAUAGUUGUAGCGAUUGCUCACUUACCGGCGGUGUCUAUGCUUGCGUGGAUGAGUUCACUUAUGGAGUCUGCUAUGACACGGGUGUCGUUGAUCCCAAUUCUACAAUGGCAUGUCCUGAUGGCUAUUAUUGUAGUGUAGAGGAUGGGGUCUUCUGUUCAGCUCAGGACGACUCAUCUCCAUCCUGUGUACCAGCAACAACAAGUGAGACAUCCACUGAAUCGUCAACAGAGUCUUCUACGCCUCAGUCUACUGAAUCUUCUACGCCACAGUCAACGGAGUCUUCUACGCCUCAGUCCACAGAAUCUUCUACGCCACAGUCAACGGAGUCUUCUACGCCUCAGUCUACAGAGUCUUCUACGCCUCAGUCUACUGAAUCUUCUACGCCACAGUCAACUGAGUCUUCUACGCCUCAGUCUACUGAAUCUUCUACCCCACAGUCAACUGAGUCUUCUACGCCUCAGUCUACUGAAUCUUCUACGCCUCAAUCAACAGAGUCUUCUACUCCUCAAUCAACUGAGUCUUCUACUCCACAAUCAACUGAGUCUUCUACUCCUCAAUCAACUGAGUCUUCUACUCCACAGUCAACUGAGUCUUCUACUCCACAGUCAACUGAGUCUUCUACUCCUCAAUCAACUGAGUCUUCUACUCCACAGUCAACUGAGUCUUCUACUCCACAGUCAACUGAGUCUUCUACUCCACAGUCAACUGAAUCUUCUACCCCACAGUCAACUGAGUCUUCUACGCCUCAGUCCACAGAAUCUUCUACGCCUCAAUCAACAGAGUCUUCUACUCCACAGUCAACUGAGUCUUCAACGUUACAAUCGACUGAGUCUUCUACUCCUCAAUCAACUGAGUCUUCUACUCCACAAUCAACUGCAUCUUCUACACCACAAUCAACAGAGUCAUCUACUCCUCAAUCAACUGAGUCUUCUACGCCAAUGGCAACGACGCAGGCACCAGAAGUGAAUCCCGAUCAGUAUUGUACGGAUCUUAAUAAAACAGGUUAUUUCCGCGUAGAGAGUGAUACAACUUGCAAGGAUUAUGUGUACUGUUACAAAUUGUCGGGACAAUUAUUGGGCUGGCUCUAUCAUUGUAAUACAAACGAAUAUUAUAAUUCAAGCACGAGUCGUUGUGUAACUACGAGACCAACAGAUUGCUGAAAAAUUAACUUUAAUCAAAUAGUUAUUACACCUGAACUUUAUCAAAAGACACGAAAAUAUAUAAUUAUUAAAGAUCC